CUUUUUUUCUAUAAAUAAACAGAUAUAAUAAUAGUACUGCUCUGUCUGGUUAUUCAACAUCAAAUUAUUAUUAUUAUAUGAAAAUAAUUUAAUCAAGGCCUGAGCAAUUAAUUUGUUUAAGCUUCGCAAUUUUUGCUGAUCACGUUCUUUGCCUCCACCUCUCUUUCUAUCUCCUUUCUUUAUGUAGCAAGCCUUUGAUGCUUCUCUGAUCACCUUACAAAUUAGCUCCUUAAUUAAUUAACUCGUAUUAUAGUCGUCAUCGUCGUCUUCUUCUUCUUAUGAUCCAUAGGAUCAAUUCAUGAUCCUGUCUUAAUUUCUCAACUACAUACGUAACAACAUGGGUUUGGUCAAAGGAGUGGCGCUGUCUACAAGGCAAAGGCAACAACCUCUUGGUCUAGCCUUGUGCUGCCUAUAUAUUCUUCAACUACUGCUGCUGUUGCUGAGUUCCGUAAGUGGUACUGGAGUCAACUGGGGAACACAGGCAACACAUCCUCUGCCGCCUUCCACGGUGGUUAACUUGCUCAGAGACAACGGUUUCCAGAAGGUUAAGCUAUUUGAUGCUGAUUCAGCUACUCUAAAUGCUUUUGCUAAUUCUGGGAUUCAAAUCAUGGUGGGCAUCCCCAAUGAUAUGCUCUAUACUCUGGCUAAUAGUGAACAAGCUGCUGAGAACUGGGUGGCCAAGAACGUCUCUUCCCAUAUCUCUUCUGGCGGCGUAGACAUCAGGUACGUUGCAGUUGGAAAUGAGCCGUUCUUGUCAACAUACAAUGGAAGCUUUCUGGGAACUACUCUUCCUGCUCUUCAAAAUAUCCAAUCUGCUUUAACGAAAGCCGGACUAGACGCUCGGGUGAAAGUCACCGUUCCCCUCAAUGCUGAUGUAUAUGAGAGUCCCACAAAUCUCCCAUCCGAUGGUAACUUCCGCUCAGACAUCCAAGAUCUCAUGCUGUCGAUUGUCAAGUUCUUGAGCGACAAUGGGGCUCCCUUCACUGUCAAUAUCUAUCCCUUUAUAAGCCUUUACACUACUCCUAAUUUCCCCCUAGGCUUUGCAUUCUUUAACAACACUAGUUCAUCUUCCUUGACUGAUGGUGGAAAAAUCUACGACAAUGUGUUCGAUGCGAAUCAUGACACCCUUGUAUGGGCCUUGCAGAAAAAUGGAUAUGGAAACUUGUCCAUUGUCAUUGGGGAGAUUGGAUGGCCUACCGAUGGAGACAAAAAUGCAAACUUGAACUAUGCACAGCAGUUCAACCAAGGUUUUAUGGAUAAUGUCAUUGCCGGUAAGGGAACCCCAAUGCGUCCUGCUCCUGUGGAUGCCUAUUUGUUUAGUCUCUUUGACGAGGAUGCCAAAAGCAUUCAGCCUGGUAAUUUUGAGCGACACUGGGGAUUAUUUUACUUGGAUGGACAGCCUAAGUAUGCACUUAGCCUGGGGACGACGAAUUCGAAUGGUCUGGUACCAGCAAGGGGUGUGAGCUAUUUAGCUAAAAAAUGGUGUAUUAUGUCUCCAUCAGCAAGCCUAGACGAUCCGCAGGUGGCACCAAGUGUGAGUUAUGCUUGUGCUAGUGCAGACUGUACUAGUCUGGGCUAUGGGACUUCUUGUGGAGAUUUAAGUGCACAGGGCAACAUCUCCUACGCAUUUAACAGUUACUACCAGCAGAACAAUCAACUUGAAAGUGCUUGUAGGUUCCCAAAUAAUCUUUCAGUUGUUACAAGUAACGACCCAUCUACCGGGACUUGCCAAUUCAGGAUCAUGAUUCAAAGUCAAACAGUCACAUCUGGUGUUGAAGGUGGAAGAGGGUUUUCAAUGUCUAGUUUUGUAACGUUUGCCGUCGCGUUUCUUUCAGCGUUUUUGUGAUUUUUGGGGACUGAUUGUAUUGGACUGUUACUUGUAUUUCCUUGAUUGGUAUGUAUAGAAGGAGCUAAAUUGAGAA